GGAGCAUGUACUAUCUACCAAUAUCUGUGUACAGUGAAACGCGUUGGUCCUCAUGUAAACUGUCCGCAUUACCUGUAUGCUUCGAACCGAGGGUUGAAGCACUGAGACAGAACGAACAGAUGACAACAUGAUUGCCAACAGGAAAAUAUCACCUAUCAGGCGGUGGAUGAAGGACAAUCUAAUAAUCGUGCUGCCAGCUGCAGGAAUCGUCCUAGGUUUCGCUUUUGGAUUUGGUAUCCGGGAGAGCAAGCCUUCUACUGAAGUUCUGACAUGGAUAGGUAUGCCAGGGGAACUGUUUCUCAGGAUGCUGAAGUUGAUGGUCAUACCUUUUAUUGUCAGUAGCGUAAUUACAGCUACAGCCUCUCUGAACGCCAAGUCAAAUGGACGGAUAAGUAUCGUGUCCAUCACCUUCAUCGUCCUCACGAAUAGCCUUUCGUGUGUCGUCGCCAUCGCUCUUGUUCUCAUCAUGAAACCAGGAGACGGAGUCCGCACAGAAAUAACACAGACGGGAUAUAGAGGUGGUAUGGAAACAGCAGACGUGUUUGCAGAUUUAUUCCGUAACAUAAUGCCAGAUAAUAUUGUGGAUAUGAUGUUUCAACAAACACUGACUCGAAACCACGUCACUAAUGGAACUUACUUGAGGAAUACAACAAACGGAACUGUCGAGGAGACUGUCAGAAAAAUUAACAAAAUUGUAGGGAAAACAUCGGGCACCAAUUUACUCGGUAUCAUUAUGACAUGUUUGCUGCUGGGGAUAGCCAUAAACAAGGCAGAAGGGAAGGGAAAGCCAGUACUAGACUUCUUUGAAUCGCUGACAGGCGUCAUAAUGAUAAUACUACAAUGGUUGCUAAGGUUAACGCCUGUUGGUAUCCUAAGCCUGAUUGCUGUUACUACAGCUACCAUAAAGGACCUUGGCCAGGAUUUUCGAGCUUUGGGAAUGUAUGUGGGCUUGAUGACUGUGGGGAUCAGUAUGCAUCAAUUAAUUAUAAUGCCGACAAUAUUUUUUGUGUUCACCCGACGAAAUCCUUAUAGAUUUGCUGUGCAAAUCAGUAAAGCCUGGAUGAUGGUGUUUGCAACAACAAGCACGGCCAUGGCUAUUCCAGAGAUGCUGUCCGCGUGCGAAAAUCACCAGAACGUCGACAGAAGGGUCAGUCGUUUUGUCGUUCCACUGUGUGUUGCACUCAAUGCUAACGGAAGUGCCAUGUUUAUAACAUCAGCUGCCAUUUUUGUAGGCACUGUGGCUGGAAUCGACCUUAAUGUUGGCGACAUUAUUCUGAUAGGCAUUUUAACCGCCGUUUGCGUUAUGGCGUUACCUCCCGUUCCCAGUGCUAGUCUUGUUGCCUUGGUGAUGAUCCUGACAUCCAUGAACAUACCAGCCGAUUCUAUUUCUUUGCUGUUUGCGGUUGAGUGGUAUUUGGAUCGGAUCCGAUCGUCAAGUAAUCUUGUAAGCCAUACACAUUGUGUAGUUGUAACUUAUCAUUUCUGUAAGAAGUCGCUGGAACAGUCGGACGUGUUACAAGAUAUAGAAGACGACAACAAAAAUGUACAACAGUCGUGCUAGUUGUCAAAAUAGAACACCAUUUUAUAACGCUAUGAAAGAUAUUUUGGUGUAUAUCACAAGAUGCAACAAUCUUUAAGAGCUCUGACUAUUUUCUGUAAAAGUACUUAUUUAAGCGCAUUUAUGAGUUUGAAAUAAAAUAAAAUUCCGCAAUGAUGAAUAAAUGUACUUAAACAUAGUACAAUAUGACAAUAUACAGGAAGUUCAAAUGGCGUAAUAAUAGCUUAUCGCUAUAAUUAAGGUAAAAAAGGGCUAAAAUGAUACUACGCUAAAAAUGAACGUUUACUGUAUCUUUAUACAUGUAUGAGGAUCCUAUAAAUUCAGGAGCUGACGGUUCAUUUAAAUUUUCUGCGCUACCUGCACAUAUUAAUUUCCUCCUAAUAUUAAUAAAAAAUCUUUAAAACCUGAACCAGAACUAAAAAGAUCUAUUGUGAAGGGGUCAAAAUAGUUCAAGUUUACUAUUUUGUUUAUUUAUGUAACACGCGGUUAAUUAAAACUGUUUAACUUAAACGAACCACUGAAAAUUCCUGCGCCAAUGUACUCAAAAGGUAUUACAAACAUCAACGCUUAUCAAAAACAAGAAUAAUUGGUGUUAGGUAUAUAAUAGACCGACUUUUAAGUAUUUCAUUCCAAGUAACUUGUAUGUUGCACAGUGUAAGCGUGAAUGCCGAUGUUUUUUUUUAAAUUUUCAUUGUAUAUUACUUGUUACUUGUAAGUUAA